AUGAUAAAGUGGUUCGUUUUCCCCUCGAAGUUGGAAUCCUGCUUGGCUCACUUGAAUGAUUCUGAUGCCGUUAUUAGUUUUGGUAAGAUUGGAGAAAAUGGUCUCAGCACCACGAUUCGCAUGUUGUCCGUACCUGUUGAAAAGCGAAAAUGUGAGGAAGGCGACGUGGCGAUGGUCAUGUGUACGGGAGCUGGGGCAAGAUAUUGCAGAGCCAGUGUUGAAAGGCUCAAAUGCACCCCAAUGGCGUGCCUGAUGCGCUCUUUGGUACUGUUGGUAAGUGCGAGGAUUGUGAGUGCGGCGUACGUGACGCAUUGCCGGAGUGAAUUGCGCCCAGGGCAAUAUUUGUGUUUAGACUUGAAUAUCGACCCCGCGACGCAACAACCUCGCGGUUGCACGCCGGAAAACUGGGCGCUAGUGAAUUGCACAGCUGCCGACGGAAUCGUGUGCAACGAAACCGGAAACAGCACGUUUGAAAAGGAAAUCCCAUGCGAGUGGACGAACGGCUAUUCGUUCGAAACAGCCCUGCUCUUGUCUGUGUUUUUCGGGAUGUUUGGAGCGGAUCGGUUCUACCUGGGAUAUCCGGCGAUCGGUGUGCUCAAGUUUUGCACGCUUGGGUUUAUGUUCUUUGGGCAAUUGGUGGACGUGAUUCUCAUUGCGACGCAAGUUUUGCUUCCGAGUGACGGAUCGCAUUACGUCAUUAGUUAUUACGGACCCAAGUUGAAGAUUCUGGGGGCGGAUAACGAAACGUUGAUUUAUUCUCGAGAGCUGCGUUAA